AUGGAUGCAGAGCUUUGGUUUCACCUCUUCAUGCGGACAUGUUGGCCACCAUCAGGCGCUCUUUUAGCCUUUGCAGAGGGCACCACCACACCCGUGGGUAUCGACUGGCGAGCUCGUCUCCAAGCGCGUUCCGCAGCGUCCCCAACUAUCGUGGUGGAUGUGGGCCGAGGGUACACCAAGUACACAGUAGCUGAUGGGAUCCAAGGGCGCUGGGAGUUGGAUGGUUGUUCUCCGCAGCUUGUGCAGCUCUGUUCUUCGCCUACACAUCCUCCAGACUGUGAGAGGAAUGACCAGCUCCGAUACAUCCAGUACAUGCUGAACCGAGAGUUUCUGCAAGCGGCCCUCAGCCCCUCUCAUCGACUCCAUAAGGCGGCACUGGCUCCACAAAACCGCCUGAAACAAGGCGGCUACGCAGUGUAUCGGGAUGAGCAUGACAAUGCCAAGCCCGUCAAGGUCCAAAAAUGCGACGAGGCAUCUGGCCAGUGGUCAGUGGAGGUGCUUCAGAGCUCUGAGCGGGGAAUCCUUUCCGUGCCGUCGGAGUCUUUGGAACCAAUCCGAAUGGCCCAGGACCUGCCCAUCCUCAUCGGGGAGCCCUUUGUGAUCACCGCCGCCGGCACUGGCGAGAAAGCAGCCUGGGAGCAGAAUAUCCGAAGCCAGCUGGGCAAUGACCGACCGGGUGCCGUCCAAGUGGUCUCUCAGGCCCAGAUGGCAUUGUGGGCACAUGGAGUGGAUCAUGGCAUCGUCGUCAACAUCGGACAGGGGCAGACGGUCGCACUCCCGGUAGUCAAAGGCGAAGUUCUGUCUCAAUGCGCCCUGAGUUCUUCUAUUGGAAGUGGCGACCUGACGCAGGUGAUGGUGUCGCUCAUGAGCCGGAGACAUCCUGCUAUCGUGGACAGCUCCCUGAUGACCUGGUGCCGAGAUCUUAAGGAGAACUACUGCUACGUCUCCCCACCCGGCCGUGGCUGCAUGCGGAGCCGUCUGGCUGCCGGGGACGAUUACGGCAUCCGCCCGGUGGAGGUGGAGUUGCCGGAGUAUGCCUCGGCCCGCACGGAGGAGAAUACCCUGGAGCUGGCGGAGGAGCGUGUCUUGGUGCCCGAAGUUCUCUUCGAAUCAAACAGAGGACUCGGUCUUCCUGGGCUCAUUGUACGCUGUGCCGAUGCAGUGCUUGCCUCCGGCAAGAGCAGUGAGGAGGGAGUCCGUGAACUGCUCCGGCAAGUGGUACUGGUUGGGGGUGCAGCAGACUUCCCGGGUAUCCGCCCGCGAGUCGAGUACGAGAUGCGGAGCCUCUUGCAGAGCUCUCAGUUUGAGCGCCUCCUCGGGUGCCUGAGCUCCGCGGAGGACGUCUUCGUCUUGAACCCUCCGCUUGGGGAGACGGGGCCCUUGGUGACUCCUCGAUUCGUGCCCCUGUUUGGUGGUUGCGUUCGUGCAGCAAGCUCGAAAGGCUAUGGAGCCUGGGAAAGGGACAGCAACAUUGGGGCCCUUCGCAGCCUCCCAUUGCUGGCUGAUAUGCCGGAGGGACGUUCCAACAGUAGACAGGUCUUCUGGCAGCAGCGGAUGCGACGAAUGCUGGCUUUGCAGCUGCCUGACAUUUUCCGUACCGGUGGUGGCGGAGGGGAGGACGACCAGGCAUGGCAGAUGCUGGAUGAGGACAGCGAGGAGGGUUCUGAGAGCUCAAACUUGCACUUCGAGGAGCAAGAAUCCGAGAGCCAAGCCUACUCCCCUUCCAGUCCUGUGGACUGGCCCAGCGCAAUUGAAGAAGCAACUGCCUCCCCCAACGAGAGGGUUUCUUCCAGCAGAGGCAGCGGCAGAAGCAAGGGCAAGGGAAAGGGAAAAGGAGGGGGUAAAGGUCGAGUGAGGCGCGGCCGGCUAAUUUGGAGGCCGGUGCAAGGCCAAGUCGAGUAA